AUGCCUUGUCCCGGUAAAACUUUUGUAAAUGGCAUAACAUGGUAUUCACCUAUAAUUACAAAACCGGAAGAAUUAUCAUUUUGUGAAGAAUGCUAUAAUCAAUUUAUCAGAAAUACACCUUUAAAUAUACAUAUGCGAAAUGAUGGAACCUUUAUUGGGGUUUGUGACUUUUCAGCAAAGAUACGAGAGCUAUGGUUGGCUGCUGUGAGAGAAAAUAACAUAGAUAGAUUUAAUGAAUAUGUUCAAUCAAAAAUAGAAGAUGUUCGGACGAUGCGAACAAAGUAUGCCCAAUUAUAUUCCAAUUAUUCUUUAGAAAUACAACGAAGAGGCGUAUUAGUAUCUUCCCAAUUUAAGAGUAGUAUGGAGGAUACUGCUUUAAAAGCACCAUGCCCAGUACGCCCGGUACUUGCAAAUUCCUAG